AUCAUUAUCCGAAGGAUUAAAUAGAUUAAAUGACACUCGGGAAAUGAUUAAUUUAUAGUUAAAAGGACAGAGAAGGUGGGAAGGUGGUGAGAGGGAUUUAAUGGGUGUCGAGAGAGAUUGAUCUGAGUCUCUGUGUAUUCUAGUGUGUGACUUUGUGAGUCUGAUGCAAUGAAGUCCGUCGUUUAAGGAGAGAUUUGGCGACGUAAAAGAAGCUUUGCUUUGUUUGAUGAGAGAGAGAGAGAGAGAGAGAGACAGUGAGUUUCUGAGGAGGAGACGGUUGUUACAAGCAAGCAAGCAAGAAGAAGAAAGACGUGUACAAUUCUGAGCUGACAAUCCAAAAGUUUGGACUUAAUUGGACACCUGGUUGCUGAUUGGUGGACAAUUCAAGUAAAAGUUCAGGACUUUCUCUUUUAACAUAUCUGAAUAUAACUACUAAGUUUCAACUCUUCAAUUUGUCAACAAGCUGAAUAGUUGUUUAAGACUAUGCAGAGUUUGAAUAGUAAAACCUCCUGUAGUUCUGCCCACUCGACAUCUUCAUUCAUUGUUGGAUCCUCUUCAUGGGAUAAUUCUGUUGAAACUCACACUCUACAGUCAUCUAUAUCGAAAAGUGUAAUCUUGAAGAUGGGUGUGCCACUACAACAUUGUCGGAACACCACGAAAUUUGGAAUACACCUUCAAGAUCAGGAUUCAUCCUCAACUCAAUCCACUGGUCAAUCGCGCUCUGAAUUGGCUAGUUUGAAAGAAGGCAACCCUUGUGGGCAAGGCGUAGUUUCAGGAUAUAAUGAAACACAGGGGAGGCCUGUUGGGGGCCACAAGAAAUCUCUCUCCUCAAUCACAAGUCAGGAACUUGUCUUCCCUUCACAGCUUGAUUUUAGCCAUUCCAUGGCUCAUGUUCCAUUCCACUGUGCUGAACCAUACUUUGGUGGCUUACUUGCUGCUUAUGGGCCACAAGCUAUGUUUCAUCAUCCCCAGAUGAUGGGGAUUUCUCCUGGUCGGGUUCCUUUGCCUCUUGAUCUCACAGAAAAUGAACCGAUUUAUGUAAACGCAAAACAGUACCGCGCAAUUCUGAGGCGGAGGCAAUUUCGUGCCAAGCUUGAAGCUCAAAACAAGCUUACCAAAGUUCGGAAGCCGUAUCUUCAUGAAUCUCGACAUGUUCAUGCAUUAAAGAGGGCUAGGGGAUCUGGUGGGCGCUUUCUCAACAUGAAAAAGCUCCAAGAUUCUAAGCCUAACUCCACAAGCCAUAGAGUGGAUGCUUCAGGUUCUGCUCAGCUACAUUUGACCGGAAAUAUGUCAGAAUCUGAUGUUCAUGAGGCUGACAACUUUCGAGAUGGUGCUUCCGCAACCUCUUGCUCCGACGUCACUAGCACCUCUAACAGUGACGACAUCUUUCCACGGCAAGAUUUCAGGUUCUCUGGCUACCCGUCUCACAUUGGUUGGACGCUGCAAGUUCCGCUAGUUGAUGUGCGUGGUGGUGGAAACCAGCACCAUGUUUCCUUCUUCCGGUGAACAGUCAACUCAGCAGUCUGUAUUCCGACAUUCUGUUGGAGAAUACAGCUGCUAGUGUUGUUCCCUUUCCCUUUGGAAAGUCAUCCUUGGCUCAUUCAAGUUACUCUUCUACUGUUUCUUUAUCGUCAGUGUUAACCUGUGCUGGCGAUGGUUUAACCCUUUUUCAAGCAAUGCAAGCAUGCUUGAAGAACCGAUGGUUAACUGGUACAUUGUGACAAAGAACAUGAUUUUUCUUGCAUGGUGAUGAAUAAUCUGUUCUUGUGCAUACAAUUGACAUACGGUUGAAGAAGUUUAUGUAUGCAAUGAUAUUCAAUUUGUGUAUUCGUGCAAAGAAUAGUAAUGACUCGGUUUAAAUUUGUGCUGAAGAGCAAACAGCCACUUUGAUCAAUGAAAUGAAUAAUUAGUGAGAGGCCUCACUUUGUAUGCUUUUUUUUAA